CUCCGAGCCACCGACUCCGCCGAGGCGGCCCGGCAGAGCGUUGCACAAGCCGAGGCUUGCAGGCAGCUGAGCAGAAAUCCUUGAUCUGCAGCUUCCACAAACACACCCACAGCUAAAAUGGCGGAAGACGCGGACAUGCGCAAUGAGUUGGAAGAAAUGCAGCGGCGUGCCGACCAGCUUGCUGAUGAAUCCCUUGAGAGUACACGUCGAAUGCUGCAGCUUGUUGAAGAGAGUAAAGAUGCUGGUAUCAGGACUUUGGUUAUGUUGGAUGAGCAAGGAGAACAACUGGAACGCAUCGAAGAGGGAAUGGACCAAAUCAAUAAGGACAUGAAAGAAGCAGAAAAGAAUUUGACGGACCUAGGAAAAUUCUGUGGUCUUUGUGUCUGUCCAUGUAACAAGCUUAAAUCAAGUGAUGCUUACAAAAAAGCCUGGGGCAAUAAUCAGGAUGGCGUUGUAGCCAGCCAGCCUGCACGUGUUGUAGAUGAACGGGAGCAGAUGGCCAUCAGUGGUGGCUUUAUCCGCAGGGUAACAAAUGAUGCCCGGGAAAAUGAAAUGGAUGAGAACCUUGAGCAGGUCAGCGGCAUCAUUGGCAACUUACGUCACAUGGCUCUGGACAUGGGCAAUGAGAUCGACACACAGAAUCGCCAGAUUGACAGGAUCAUGGAGAAGGCUGAUUCCAAUAAAACCAGGAUUGAUGAAGCCAACCAGCGUGCAACAAAGAUGCUCGGCAGUGGUUAAAUGCAGCAAAGUGCAUUUCCUUUUAAUGCUGUCCCAGAGGGCAGUACUUCAUGCUUUUAUCAUGGUAUUUACCUACUAGGUUUGCACACAUGCACAUAUCGGCCCCAUUGUAAAUGUUGUCCUGUGUAGUUUGUCAGCUUUCCAAAAAUGAUACUUGUAAUUAAUUUUUUUCUAGAUAUCUUUCUUUCCAAAGGUUGUACAUAGUGCUGAUUUGAUGGCUAUAGCUCACUAUGACGUUUUUUGGGAUUUUUCCUUUCCUUGUUUCUGUUUGAAUUCCUUUUCCUUUUUCCUCUCCUUUUUUAAAAUGUUUGCUGAAUGACAACCAUGUUGGAAUGCUAAACGUGCUGUUAACCUUUAAAUAUACAGUAUUGUUCUUGUAAAACUGUGACAUUCCACAGAGCUACUGCCAUGCUCCUGUCUUUGGGUAUCAUGAUGUUUAAGCACUUAAACCUGCUGUCUUCAGUUCUUCAUUGCCAUUAUCUGUUGUUAUGAUUUCAUGAUUAGACAAUGUGGAAUUAUCUAACUAUAACAAGCAUUGCACUACAAAGUGAUGUGAUUUAUGCAUUUAUGCAUGAGGAAUAAAUAGACUUUUAGACUCCUACUUAAACAAGACUUUUUCCCAUGGCAGUAGCAUACCAACAAUGACAACAAAAGCAUGCUCAGUAUUCGGACUCUUUUGGGACUAUGUUAUACCAGCAAGUUUGCAGUCGUGCCACUUUUUCUUGUUGAUAUAUAUAUAUAUAUAUACAUAGAGUUAUUAAUCAUGAUCAUUUUUUUUUAAUUAUGAAAAAAGAGGGAUUUGGCACUCACCAUUUAGCCAUUGCCAGCAAAACGUGCUUGGCUGAAAACAUGUCAAAGACAAAAAGAAUAAGUGUAAUAUAUUGGGUUUGUCUGCUGCUUUUGAAGACUAUCUUUUGAAGGAAACGACUACCAUAUGAAAUGGUGCAAAGAAAUGUAAUUUUUAUAAGGCUCUCUCUUACUAGUCGCUAUCCCCAUGUGGUUUGUUAUCACUACAGUUCUCUGUUGCUUACCUAGAGCUAUGCACACCAAAUCGCUGAGAUGUUUAGUAGCUGACUUAAUUAAAAAUAAUAAAAAAACCUAAAUGAAUGAACUCUAGAUAAACUGUGAGAUAAAUAUCAUUUACAGCAUGUAAUAUGAAAUUCCUUAUGUCUCCUGUCAGUUUGUGAAGUGAUUGACAUUUUGUAGCUAGUUUAAAAAUUAUUAAAAAUUAUAGA